AUGCUUUUAGCGCCGCGAGCGGACAUGAUUCACAGCAACGAUUCCUCAGAGUGCGGCGCCAAGCUCCAGUUCGCAGCGCCUGAUUACAGACCUCCAGCUGGCCGGUCGCGCCGUAGAAGCUUCAACGAGCCUUCGUUCGAAUCGUGGCGCGUCAGCAGGCCAAUCUCAGACUCUGGCGCCUGUCUCGUCGAGCCUGCCGCUUACGACCCCUCCUCUCGUGCGCCAUCCGCGUUGUCCUCUCCCGCAGCUUCUGGGUCGUCGUCGCCUGUCGCCGUUCCUCGCGCGAGCAGCAGCAGCAACAGUCACAGAAGCCCUCCUAGUGCCGCGGUCGCGUUCCCCACGUCUCUCUCGUCUCCUGUCGGCUCUCCGCAAUUCAGCUCCUUCCUCUCGUCACUCUCCCCGCACCCGCUUCAACUCAACCACCCUAAUCCGCUCAUCGUACCGCCGCUCCCCUCGAGGAGUAUUGACUUCACCGUGACCGACGGCGCGUCGCGGUCGUCUUUUGAGAGCUUCGGCUCGACGGCUGCUGACCCUCUGUCUCCCGCAUUCACCACGAGUGCCUCCCCCCCGUGCCCCUCCUCCCCCUCCUAUCACUGCGUUUUCCCCUCGCCGCCUCCCAGCCCGCCAUCCGAGCGCCAUGACCUUACCCCUUUUCUUUUCGAGAAUCCUCAAAAAACAACAAUUAGCCCAUCCCUCGAGCCAUACCAGCCUAGUAGCCCCUUCCAAAGCGCCCCGCAGAGUCCUCACGGACGGGGGAUAAGAUCCCUCGGGAGCUCGCCACGUGGUAGUUCCGCGCUGACUGCGGAGAGUGAGCGGCUCGGCGGAAGCUGUCGCUGGACCGGCGGGCCAUCCAAUCCCCCCACCUCUUCCGCCUCCCCGGCCGGCGUUUCUUCCGCCUCCGCGCGCAGGCGCUCGAUGCGCCACCUCCCGCCGCUCGCGCAGGAGCCCCCUUCCGCCGCCUCGUCGUUCGCCGUCGUCACCGCCACAGCGGCAUUGGCGGAAGCGCGGCGGCUGAAGCGCGCAUCGUCGUCGUCGUCAGGACUCGAGGGGAAGGGCGGGUUCUCUUUUCACCAUCCCGCCGCCACCCCCUCCCCGCCCCUAGCAGCCCCGUCCCAACGGCUAAGCAGCACCCAUCCCCGCUUCCACCGCCGGCACGGCUCCGCUUCGUCAUCCUCCGGCUCGGGAUUGUUACCCGCCUUGGGAUUGCCGACGCCGCCUCGCGACUCCGCCUCGCGGCCGGCCGCGGUGGUUACGGCGGCGGCCGACUCCGCGGAACCGCUUUCUCCGGAGAGCUCCCCCACGCCGUCCGCUUCCUCUAGGGGGUAUUCUCCCCGUUCCGCGCUCUCCUCCUUCGGAGCGAAACCUAUUCCCACGCGUCGCAGUGGCAGCGGCGGCGGCGGUGGCAGCAGCGAUAGCAGCCGCGGAAUUAUUAGCAGCGGCGCUAUUCGCGCGUUCGAUCCGUUGGACGAAGCGAGCUCGCCGCCAAACGCUCUCAGCGACAACGGCGCCCUCUCGCUUUUCGAUGCGCCUUUAGCACAGCCCGUAGCGGGUGGCACGAGCCACGCCGUGUCGCACUUUCCCGUCGAUCGCGGCAGCGGCGUGAUGCGGGUCGGGCAAAGGGAGGACUCAUUAGUAGCCGCAGAAGAAUCGGAGCGCCGGGGCGCGAUCGAAACGCGUUACAGAAACGCGCUGAAUGAACCCCGCGGCACCGGCAGCGGCGGCGAGGCGCGAAAAAACCGGUUUCUGGGCGGUCCGCGCAAGUCGCGGACGUUCGACGUGCUUCCGCGGGGCGCGGGGGAGGAGAGCAACGGCGGUACUCCCGUAGCUUCUGGCCCAACGGGCUUGGGGACCCGUGGGGAUUCCAACCAGCGACGGGACGGGCAUUCCAUGGGGGACGAGACGGCGGCGACGGCGUUCAAUGGGGGAGUCGAGGGCUUUAAGAGGAUCGAGGGAUCUGCGGAGAGAGUGAUUGGUGGAGCGGGACCGUGCGCUGCUGCGGGCGCGGCGGCGGACCGGUAUGCGCGGCAGGCGCGAGGAGCAGGGCUGCAGCUACGGCGGGGUAGCGCGGGGCUCGCGGUGCAGGUGGAAUCGACAAAUCAUCAUUCUCAGCAGCAGCAGCAGCAGCAGCAGGUGUAUGGGAGCGGGCAUGACGCGGCGGCGGAAAGGGGGGGCGAGCGGGGGAGGCGGCUACUCAAGACGGCGAGCAGCCACCACCUGGAUCCCGCGCCGUCGCUCGCGUCGCCCGCGCUCCUCACGCCGCGCGAGCGCUGGCAGCUGCUCAAAAGCGGCAGCGGCAGGUGGGGCGGGCAGGGCGGCAGCGGGAGUACCAGCCGCGGUGGCAGCGGAAGCGGCAGGAAGGGGGAGGGGGAGGAAGCGGACGAUGAGCGCAGCAGAGAGAUUCCCCUGCUUUCCUCCCCUGGAGCGCUCCGCCCGUGCGUUCCCGCGCCAGCACAUUCCCCUACCGCCUUCCGCCGUCCGCCUCCCCGCUCUCCCCCCAGAAACCCCGCGAGCUGCGCGUCCCCUUGCGCCGCUGCUGGCGCCGCGGAAGAUGCAGCUGCAACGCCGCGCGCGCCCUGGCGUUUCACAAAGGCUAAGUCCGUCUCGACAGACGGGCCCGCAAUAGCGGGGAUACACCUGUCCCCCUCCCCGCCGCUCUCCCCAGGCGCGCGCAGGCACGCGCUGGAGCUUCCCCCGUCGCCUCCCCGCGCCCCCGCGGCGCACAGGCACCUCGCCUCUCUCAAGCUCUCCCUCGCGUUCCUAGACGCGCUCGACAGCCCCCCCGCUGCUGACGUGGCGCUGGGCGGCGGUGGCAGCAGCAGCAGGGACGCGGCUCACGUGCAGUGCCAUGCUGACGCGGACUUGCGCUGUGCUGACGCGGGCUUGCGCUUUGCUGACGCGGACAGCGACGUGGGGGGUGGGAGGACUGGUCAGGUGGGUGGGCGACUGAAUGGUCGCAUGGGCGGCAGCAUGACGGAUAUGUACGGACACAUGGAGAGCGUGGGAGUGGCGCCAGAGAGGGAGGUGCGAGGACAGCAGGCAAUGCAGGAGCCACGGCUGCAGCAAUGGCAGCAACGGCCGCAGCGCUCAUUGGUGGGAGAUUCGGCCGCCGUCUUGCCACAUGCACCACACUCAUCACACGCAUCAUAUGCUCAUGGCUUCGAUGAUGCCAUGUCAGCGCACUGGCGAAGAUCCAUGGGAGGGGCUGCAGACGUGGAGAGCGGGAGCAGGAGAGGUGGCUUGUAUCAGGAGCAGGGCGAUGGUGACUAUAACGAGAGUAACGAUGCCUGGGAGCAGAAGGCAUUGCACGAGAGCAUGGGGUGGGGCCGGGGCGGGCAGCAGUGGCGCGGUUGGCGUGAGCUGAUCCGAAGCAGCAGCAGCGGGGGGCCCAGCGACAUCAGCAUGGGUGGGGGCAGCAGUGGUGGCAGUGGGAGCAAAGGUGGCGGCGGUGGUGGUAGGAGUGAGAGGGAGAAUGAGAUGGAGGCCCUGCUGACGUCAUGCCACCUGCUGCGCCACUCUCUCGCCUCCUCUUCCUCCUCCUCCUCCACCCUCGCGGCCUUCCGCACUGCCCUCGCACAUGCUGAUGCUCACGCGAAUGCUCAUGCACGUGCGGGCGGCACGUUUGCUUGUGAAAACGCCACGAUGCUCAGCACCAGUAUCAACGCGCACGGUGACACUGAUACUGCUGCUGGUGGUGCAGCUGCAGGUGCUGCUUUUGCUGCUGCUGCUGCUGCUGCUGCUGCUGCUGCGCCACCUGCUGCGGGGUCGUUAUCUGGCCCGCUCCCUCGCAUUGCUCGCUCCAGUAAGUACUGCAGCCAAGGCAGUCAAGGAAGUCAACGCGGCCGAGGAAGUCAAGAAAGUCAACGCCGCCAGAGAAGCGGCAGAAUGACCCGAGUCAAGUCUGGGUCAUGCACGAGCCCUCUGGACUGUGUUGCUGGACGAGGGGAGGAGGAGGGGGCGUUGGGUGGCGCGGGAAGAGUGGGCUUUGGGCGGCUGGGGUCGAGAGUUGGGUUCUCUCCCCGGAGAAAUGGGCUUGGGAUUGGUGGCGCUAGGAAUGGGAGGAAGUGGGAUGAGGAGGAGGAGGGGGAUGAGGAGGGGGAUGAGGAGGGGGAAGGGGGAGAGGAAGGGGGGUGGGAAGGUGGGGAGAGCUGGUCGGGGUUGGCAGGAGCAGAGGGUGGGGGUGCGGAGAAAGAGUGGCGGGUGUGGCUGGCGAAAGGAAUGACUGCUGCCUCUGCUAGUGCUGCUGUUUCUGCUGCUGCUGCUGGUGGCACUGGCGGUGGUGGUUUUUCUGCAGCAGCUGCUGCUGCUGCUGCUAGUGGCGUUGGUGACAAUGCAGGUAACAGUGGUGGCGGUAAUGGCGAUGGCAAUGGCGAUGCGGAAAGCAGUUUCAGGGAGUGCGUGUUGGGCAUGCCAUAUGAGGCGGUGCAGAGGCGGUACCAUGUGGUGAGGGGGCGAAUAGGCGAGGGCAUGUUCGGCCGCAUCCACACGUGUGUGGAGCGGAGCUCGCGCCGCACGUACGCGUGCAAGUCCAUCUCGAAGAAGAAGCUGCAGUGCUUGGAGGAUGCAGGGGAUGUGCGGCAGGAGGUGGUGAUGCUGCACAUGCUCAAGGGCCACCCGCACAUCAUUGGUCUGAAGGAAGUCCUGGAAGAUCCCAAGUCUAUCCAUCUCAUCAUGGAUCUCUGUUCGGGCGGCGAUCUAUUCGACGCAGUCAAGGCCAGAAAGCACCUCCCCGAGCCGCUAGCGGCGCGGCUGCUGCAGCAGCUGGUGGGAGCGCUGCUGCACUGCCACGCCACGGGCAUCGUCCACCGCGACGUGAAGCCCGAAAACAUCCUCCUCGUCUCCUCGUCCUCCGCUGCCGCGCGCCGCACGGCCAGCAUGGGGAGCGGGGUCAUGAGCGCGAUGAGCUCAGCAGGUGGAGGAGGAGAGGGGAGCCACGGCAAUCAGCUGGUUGAUGAGGACGUUGCCGAUCACCUGGGUUCACUGUGGAACAGAGGAGCCACGGUGGGGGGCACAGGCAGCACGGGAUCGUUUCUUGACAGAGGGGAGUGCGAUCUGCACAUCAAGCUCAUCGACUUUGGCGUGGCUGCGUUCCUCGAUCAUGACGGCAUGUGCAGGCACACGGCGGGCACGACAGAGUACAUGGCACCAGAGGUGCUCUCAGGCGGGCGCUACUCCCCACAGGUGGACGUGUGGAGUGCGGGGGUGGUGCUCUUCGUCAUGCUCUCAGGGGUGCUCCCCUUCUGGCCGUCCCACCGUGAGGGGCGCUCCACAGAAGAUGCCGUGCUGCGCCAGCCGCUGCGGUUCGGGCAUUUCCGGUGGGCGGCGGUGUCCGGGGCGGCAAAGGACCUGGUGGCGAGGAUGCUGACGAGGGACCCUGACAAGAGGAUUUCCGCCUUGCAAGUGCUUGGCUCGGUGGUGGAUGGGUGGGUGUGGGUGGUAGGUUCGGUGAUGGGUGGGUGGUAG